UUUUCCAUGUGAAUGUGUAUCACCGUGGGUUCGAAUCUCGCCGAGUGCAUAAGCAGUUGGAUCUGUCCUUUUACGAUAGUCCGACAGCAGCCAUCUUUCUUUACUUUUGACAGCCUCCUCCCUUUGCAUACUCCAUAAUGCAAGACCUCGACAGAGACCUGCGCCGUCUCCUCAAUGGAAUGGUCACUACAGACCAAUCGCUUGCGAGGAAGACUUUGGAAACAUAUUAUACAGAGGAUGUUGUAAUGAUUCAUCCAUAUCUCAUCGCCAACGGGCGAGAGGAAAUGUGGAGGGUCUUUGAAAUGUGGACGGGUUACAACGCCAUCCUGACGCCGGAAUUGUUCAAUCUGACGUUCAACGAAAAGGAUUCCACUGCGAUACUGGAAUUCGCUCAAAACUUUUAUCCUAAAGCCUUGGGUGGUGUUGUUCCUCUCAAAGUCCGCUUGUUGUCUGUUGUAAAGUGGAGGGAAACUCCACAAGGAAAGAAGAUUUACUAUCAUAGAGAUGUUCACAUUCCUACAAGCUUCAUCCAAUACACGCCUUUCAUCGGACCAAUCUAUGAUACGACCUAUCGUAAGAUUGCAAUGCAAGUUUGGACCACAACCUAUAAACUAGGCGAUAAUUUGGGUCUCUGGAAUAUCAUUCCUGCGAUUGCUCGAACAACUGGCAACUUGCUAUCGUAUUUUGGUGUCAAAUUGACACUUCCAGCCACGCGAGUGAGUGAACUAGAGAAGAUUGAAGGGGAGGUGCCUGCAACCUCUGAAGUGAAUCCCAAGAAAGGAGCCUCUCGUACCGCCUAAUUAGCGACGAAAUGCGAUAUAGAUAAUCUUGUUAUAUUAUUAGUUAUUGAACCGUAAUGAUGAUAGAGCGAAAUUAUUCGUCGACAUCACUAUUAGACUUAUUAUUAAGCAUUCACUGGUCCAAUCUGUUUUUACAACAUAUCAUCUGACAUCAGAUACUGAAAUAUUCUAUUGUGA